ACGACAUUGUCGAAGUGAGUGCUGAGUCACAUAUCGUGAGCGAUCUCUCUCAACAAGGUGUACUAGUUCGUUCUCUGUGAAAUGCACUCUAUUGUAUUAGUUUAACGUUAUCUUUGUCAGUAUUACAACAUCGUCAAUGCAAGAUGAUUUAACAAAAGAGGUUUCUGGCGCUUGCCGCAGGCCUCGAAUAGCUAUCAGAAAGAAAUUUAAAGCAAUUCGAGACCCGGUAUCAUCUGCGGAUCUGUCAAUUUUAACUAGUAUAUCGAAUUGUUGCUUUUUAGAAUAUUUGACCUAGUGUGACAGUGGAAAAAAAGUGUUGCUUCUAAUUCAAAGGACUGCUAUUUGGAAUUGUCAAAUAAAAUUCGAGGCAUGCGUGGGAUGUACGCGAGGUGCACCGAAGUUUGACGUGGCUAGUCUGUGUUUUGAGGUUAUUUUUGUAUCAAAGUAACUGACCUAUACUUGUUUAAAGAGAACUGCGAAUCUUUAUUUUCAUUCUGACUGUCUAUCGAAUAAGUUGUUCCAGCAAGAGCCCUGAGAACUGUGCUUCGUAAUUUAAUUCUAAACCUAUGAUUAUUUCAUUAAAUGUGAAAAUCAAGAAACUAAAGAGUGAAGUUCAGUUAUAAGAAGACUUAAAAACUUGUUUUGGGUACUGCAUUAUAAAAGAAUAAUACACAGCAUAUUGUGUGAUUUCAAUUAUAGAAAGAUAAAUAAGUAUAUAAAUAGGACUUAGUGCUUGAUUUUAAACAAAGUAAUUCAAUAUGAAAUACUGUUUUAUUAUGACGACUUAUAAGAUUUUUAUAUACAAUAUCACUGCCAAGCCCCUGUGACAAUACGUUAAUUUAUUGUGGGCUGUGCAUAUAUUUACGAACUGCAGGUGAUUCAACUUAAAGAAGACAAAAUGUUGUGCAUAAAGAAAUUAUACCGCGAAGAGCUGUUACAGCUCGCGCUGUUAUUAUCUUUGUUACGAGUAGAUCCGGAAUCCUACCUUGGUUUGGAUAUUCAAGCCAUGGGUGUGGGUUCUUUAGAUUUACAUAAUGGAUCUGGAUGGCACACUGAUAUACACACGAUUAUCCAUCGACCUAUGUUCGUUCAUCCAAAAAAUCUGGAUUCGGUACUUCUGAACUAUGAAAGAGAUUUAUUCGAAGACUUAAAUUCAUUAGGAAGAUACAAUAGAAUGAAUUCUGGAUUAAAUAAUAUUCAAGCAUAUUUGCUAAAUAUUGAAGAAACAGCAAGAGACGCUGUAGCAGGACCCAGUAUUUUGACAGAUUCAAGUAGAAAUGUGACAUCGCCUGAUCCACCAACUUCUUCGCAAAAUCCUGAUGAACCAGCCACUGCAGCCGAACUUACCCAAGAGGACAUGGACCUAAUCGAAGUGCUUUGGAAACAAGAUGUGGACCUGGGUUUCACAUUGGUGGAACCAACUGCUACGACGAAAAAAGCGUCCACAUCGGAAAAAGAAACCGAGGAUGACAUUGAGAAACUGAAAGCCCUGGAAGCCAUCAAUGCGAAAGACGAGAAGAAAGAUACAAAGGAGUUUGAAACCCAAGAAGAUGACCCAUGGGCAGGUCUUCCUUAUACUGUCGAUCUUGAAACUGGUGAAUAUAUCCUCAGUUCCGGCAAUCAAGGAGGAAGCGGAAGCAACACAGCCGACGAAGACGAUCAACUUCUUAGAGACACGUCACUGGAUUUAGACAAUCAUCCAUUGGCCGGAUUAGCCGAUGAUUCUUUGGGAUUAACCGACACCUUAGAACUAGAGAAUGAUUUUCCUUCGGACCUACUCGGAGGUGGCCUCUUAGGAAGUGCCAGUGUCGAAGGUCUCCUCAACAACGACACUCUUCAAUUUCCCGACGGAUUCAGUCUCGAGGAAGCGCUUCAGCUUGUCGGCCUCGAUGAGGCUCAAACAGAAGAAACGAAGCCGGAAGUGAAGAAGAAGAAAGAGGACGUCGCCGAAGAGUCUACGAGUGCAAAGGGUGAAACGGCUAUUACCACCUCGAGCAACGUCGAGGUCGCGAAGUCAUCCAGGUGCGAGGAUCCUGAGACUGGCGACAUGAUUCACACACCACAAUUUCACCAUCCUCAUCAUCCGCACCAUCGUUCCUUCCAGGGUCGCAUGCCAUUCGUGCGUGCAAUGAGCAUGGAACAACGGUGGCAAGAUUUGGCAUCCCUUUUGUCGCUACCUGGUGCACCAGACCAUUUUGCGCAUCCUGCACAUCCUGGAUACCCAGGGCACGGUAUAAGCCAUAGUCAUUAUGAAGCGCAACGUAACGUACUGCUUCAUAAUGCUACUCUGGCUCCACCCGUCGGUGAUCUUAAUUCCACGAGUCCCUACCAUAAUGUGGGUGGAUCGUCGAAUCUGGGUUCAGCCGUGGCAACAUCAAUGAAUUUGACAAAUAGUAGUGAACCAAUGGGUGCAGAAAGUGGUGCUGCUUAUAAAUCCGAACCCGGAGACAUGAUGUACUAUCAUACACCAACUUCAGAUUCAAUUAAUCAAACCACUGACGGUUUUCUUUCAUCCCUUCUUAAUGACGAGGAUUUGCAUCUGAUGGACAUGGCCAUGAAUGACGGCAUAUACACCAUGCGCAUGCUGGAUAAUGGUAGCAACAAUGCUUCUGGUCCAACGGGAGCAACGGCCUUGUCAGGAGUUCAGACAACUGGUGGUACGACCUCUUCGGCAACAGGCGUUACAACACUUCCGGGUGUAACAGACGAAAGAAUGGAUGCGUCCAGCGAUAGCGCGGUCAGCAGUAUGGGCAGCGAACGAGUGCCAUCCCUUUCGGAUGGUGAAUGGAUGGAAACUGGAUCUAAUUCUAGCCAUACGCAGGCUGAUUCCCAUUAUUCUAUGGAUUAUGCUAGCAAAUAUCGGAUGUCCUACGACUGCAGCUACUCCGUUUCUGGUAGAAAUGGCGGUUCUCCAAGAUGCCAAACAGAACGUACCAUGCCUCCAGUUGCCCAAAAGAAGCAUCAAAUGUUCGCAAAACGAUAUUUCCAAGAACAAGGAUCGCCUCUCGGAGCUGCAGCGCAUCCGACUACUCCGAUGAAAUACGAAUACGAUACGCAUACAGUUGGUGCCGGAGCGCCAGGGAACGCUUACUCGGGACCAAUUGAAGGUGCAGCUGGACCUCAACCUGAAAUGAAAUACAGCUGCAGCGUGGAUUUUAGUCGCCAUCAAUCAGGACGUUCUGCUAUAGAACACAUUCACCAUAAUCAUACGUAUCAUUUACCUGCGGAGAGUUCUGGAUCCCUUCAACGUCCAAUUUCUCGCGAUAAGAAAGUACGUAAAAGCGAGGGUGAAGAGCAUCUGACCAGGGACGAAAAAAGAGCCAGGGCAUUGAACGUACCGAUUCCAGUGAACGAUAUCAUUAAUCUUCCUAUGGAUGAAUUUAACGAACGUCUUAGUAAAUACGAUCUCAGUGAAGCUCAGUUGUCUUUGAUACGCGACAUAAGGAGACGAGGCAAAAAUAAAGUUGCCGCUCAAAAUUGCCGCAAACGUAAACUAGAUCAAAUUAUUACCCUUGCCGAUGAAGUAAAGGAAAUGAGAGACCGUAAGAUGAGACUUAUUCGUGAACACGAAUUCAUGCUUCUUGAGAGGCAACGUGUGAAGGACAAAUUUAGUCAACUUUACCGUCAUGUAUUCCAAUCAUUACGGGACCCUGAUGGAAAUCAAUAUCAUCCAUACGAAUAUAGUCUUCAACAGUCUGCAGAUGGAAAUGUAUUGUUAGUGCCAAGGAAUCAGACAAAUCCUCAUCAUCCCCGUUCGACAACAAUGGAGCCGAAGACGAAGCCUAAUCCGGAACAUAAGGAAUGAAAUUGUCAUAAAAUCGCGUUUAAAAUAUUAUUUUCCUCACACGUUGAACGCACUUAAAGUGUUAUCCAUAAAGACAAAUGCGGUGCUCAGAAUAAAAAUUACCUAUGUUUGUUAAAUUACAAUAACAUAAAAAUGACUCGUGUUAAAACAAGUUCCGUGCUUAACAUUCGAUAUAUUGUAUAUCAUAUUUAACAACGAAAUUUUUCAAAAUCAUUUUAGAAACUCACAUUGAGUUAUGUUUACGACUGGAAAAUCAUCAAACGUAGAAACAGUGAUUGUACAUAUAGUAACAUAAAAUAACUACUUUAUGACAAAAAUAGUAGAUGCUGUUCUAAAAUUCUGUAUUA